GUUCAUUCGAAUUCAUCCAGAUGUGCGCGCGCUUGGAACAGAGCCCCACUUUUUCGAUAGAAACUAUGACAGAGGAUUGGACUGGUACAGAUCAUUUGGAAGUGACCAUGAUGAGCCAUGAGACCUUUGUCAUAAUUUAAUCAGGGGCUUUUCCAAAUAACCCCCGCUCGAGCCGAGGCCAUCCCAACACCACAGAUAAUGGAUACGUUGAAGUCACCAUGCUCCCUGUCCCUGGGACGCUGCCUGCUUGUCAUGAUUGAUGGUUUCCAAUUUAAAUCCCAAUCAGAUCAGGCCUGGCCUUCGCAUUACUGUCCAAUCCUCCGACUCAUCAUAAAGCUGGAUAAUUAGUACAAUGAGGCCUAGAUUAAUUCUGUUGAAAACAGUGUGUCACCGCCACAACCUUUCUACUGACAGUGGAUGAUAGCUUGAACGUGGAGGAAUCGAAUACAACACUGAAGAAGCCAAACAAUAUCCACAAAGCAGCGGAGGCUGCUGAUGGGAGGACGGCUCAGAAUAAUGUCUGGAACAGAGCAAAUGGAAUGACAUCAAACCAUGUUAGAUGUAUUUGAUACCAUUCCACUGAUUCCGCUCCAGCCAUUACCAUGAGCCUGUCCUCACCAAUUAAGGUGCCACCAACCUCCUGUGCCACAAAGAGGACUAAUGCCACGGACUCUAGACAGCCAAAUCACCUUGGAGAAAACCCCCAGCUACUUUGUGACACGAGAGGCUCCCAGACGCAUCGCCAGUAUGUCCCCCAACACCAAGCUGAUUGUGGUGGUGCGUAACCCAGUCACCAGGGCCAUCUCAGACUACACACAGACCCUGUCCAAGAAGCCGGACAUCCCCACCUUCGAGGAGCUGGCCUUCCAGAACCGGAGCCAGGGUCUGGUAGACACCUCAUGGAACGCUAUCCGCAUAGGGAUGUACAUCCUCCACCUAGAGAACUGGCUGCAGUACUUUCGCCUCUCCCAGAUCCACUUUGUGAGCGGCGAGCGGCUGAUCACGGACCCGGCGGGGGAGCUGGGCCGAGUCCAGGACUUCUUGGGUCUCAAACGCAUCAUCACAGACAAGCAUUUCUACUUUAACCGAACCAAAGGCUUCCCUUGCCUGAAGAAGCCGGAGAGCAGCAGCCAGCCCCGCUGCCUGGGCAAGUCAAAGGGUAGAACUCAUGUGCAGAUAGACCGAGAGGUCAUUGAGCAGCUCCGGGACUUUUACAGGCCUUUUAAUAUCAAAUUCUAUGAGAUGGUGGGACAAGACUUUAGGUGGGAUUGAGAAUCUAAUUUUAAAAAAGCAGGUGAUAUGUGUUUAUUGAAAUGGAUACCUCAGUGGAGUCAUUCGAAUGAGGACACCUUAACGUAAAUCCAAUUUCUCUUCAUGUUUGAAAAUACAGUGCGAGUUUAACAAGGUGUAUGUAAUCUGCCUUUAACUUUAAAACCUUUGAUAUAACUUCCUACUUUAACAUCAUGCCGGUUGUGUUAACCAAAUAAAAUAUAAAUAUAUGCUGCCAUGCCAUUUAUUCUCACAAUUAGUAUUUGUCAUACACUAAAUUGUGUUUCUUCACAAAGGCCUGUUACUUUUACAACACUGUACCAUGUCAAUCGUUCCAACUCAAUGGACAACAAUAAAGAGUAUAGAGACAACUGA